AUGUCGACAACACCAGGAAAAGAACACAAUACACAAUCACAUAAUACACAAAUUCGAUUGGAAAAUUGCAAUCUUUAUGUAAUGAACACUCACUGUAAGAAUUGCAUGAAAGGUACGAAACCAUUGGAAGUUUCGCUUCAUGCUAGGGAAAAGACUAAUUAUCGUCAAAUAUCCGUAACUCAUCAUGCAUUGUAUGUGGAAUUGUCAUAG